GACGCCCCGAAGGGAGAGUAGUCCCUGGGGGAGGCGAGAGCCCUUCCUUCUCCCCGCCUGGAGCCCUGUCUCUCUCUCUCUCUCUCUCUCUGCCUCCUCUUCCUGAGGGAGCAGCCCCAUCAGGAGCACUAACUUUGAUUGCAGCGCUGUCCUGGCUGUUUUGCGCGUGUUUUGUGCAGAAGCCCAUGUCCAGCGGCUGCCAGGGACCCCGACCGGUCCUCUGCCAUGGCGCUGCUCACCUUCUUCGAUACUGAUGAGUACAGGCCACCAGUUUGGAAAUCUUACUUAUAUCAGUUGCAACAAGAAGCUCCCCAUCCUAGAAGGAUUACCUGCACAUCUGAGGUAGAGAAGAGACCAAAAUACUAUGGAAGAGAGUUUCAUGGGAUGAUAUCAAGAGAAGAAGCAGAUCAAUUAUUGAGCGUAGCAGAGGGAAGUUAUCUUAUUCGUGAAAGCCAGCGGCAACCUGGAACAUACACUUUGGCUUUAAGAUUUGGAAACCAGACCAGAAACUUCAGGCUCUACUAUGAUGGAAAACACUUUGUUGGCGAGAAACGUUUUGAGUCAAUACACGAUCUGGUGACAGAUGGAUUGAUCACCCUUUAUAUUGAAACCAAGGCAGCAGAAUACAUUGCCAAGAUGACAAUAAAUCCAAUUUAUGAACACAUAGGAUAUACAACUUUAAACAGAGAGCCAACAAACAAGAAGAAUACAGUGGCUGUGAGAGAUAAGUUUGAUGGCAAAGAGUCUACAGGAGAUAAUGACACAGUAGAAAAAAGACUGACAUCACUUGUCAGAAGAGCAACUCUGAAAGAAAACGAACACAUUCCAAAAUAUGAGAAGAUUCACAGUUUCAAGUCUAUACUUUUUUUCCCCUUUUCAUACACAGAUGGGGAAAAAGCAGAUAUUUCUGUUAAUAUGUAUGAAGAUAUCAAUAUUAUCACAGGUGCACUUAAACUGUACUUCAGGGAUUUGCCAAUUCCACUAAUCACAUAUGAUGCCUACCCCAAAUUUAUAGAAUCUGCAAAAACCACAGAUCCUGAUGAACAGUUGGAAAUACUUCAUGAAGCACUGAAGCUGCUUCCUCCUGCUCACUGUGAAACCUUACGUUACCUCAUGGCACAUUUAAAGAGGGUAACACUCCAUGAAAAAGAGAAUCUCAUGAAUGCAGAGAACCUUGGCAUUGUUUUUGGGCCAACGCUAAUGCGAGCACCAGAACUUGAUGCAAUGGCUGCCCUGAAUGACAUCCGUUACCAGAGACUUGUGGUGGAAAUGCUUAUAAAAAAUGAAGAUAUUUUAUUUUGAACAUAUAUAUGGGUGUGUGCACCUGUUUUUUAAAUGGACAGCAGUGAAAAUCUGGGGACGAUGAAGGAAUGUAGCUGGAUUCCUAUUGUAAGAUUUCAGUGUAUGAAAUAUACUUAUUCUGUUGCUUCUGCAGCAUUAUUCAGACCAUGCUGGAGAAAGAUCGACACAUACUGUACCUGCCAAUACUGGUAGAUCUGGGUUGUUUUGUCAUAUAGUGCAGGAAAUACAAGCUUAUGUGAUCUGCUUCUUGCUGACCCUCUCUUGUGAAGUUUGUUGUACAAACAACAUGAUAGAAACAGCACAGCAUCUGUAUUCUUGAAUAGUCUGUGAUUGUACCUUAGCAUGUUUCUUGAUGUAAAGUUGUUGUUUCUUUUUAUGUUUCAUCAUUGGUUUUGGACAUUUCCUGAGGACCGGGAAGGAGGAGUAAGGGAGCAGAUUGCAGUGGACGACAACCUCCAGCUGUUUAGUGACAUCGCCUGUUGUUCUUUUCCUGCCUUGAAAGAUCAUUUCUUCUAAGGUUUCAUAGCAUUUGUUAAAUGAUGGGAUACAUUUUCUUAUACCAGAAACAUUCUGACUGCCACUUUAAAUAAUGCCUUUCUGUAUUAUUCCAGUUAAAGAUGGAAAUACUGAAUGAGUGAGGAUUGUUUUGUUGUUGUUGUUGUUUUUAAAUUGUCAUUUUGUAUUUUUAUUGGGC